AUGGCGUGCAUUGAUAAUCUCAAUGAUGACUGCCUCCUUAAAAUUGUAGAGUACCUGAACCUGGAGGACCAAGUGCAGCUAUGGAAGAGUUCCGAGUCCUCAUCCCGCCUGAGAUCGGCGCUUUCGUAUGCCUGGCAGCGCCAGACAAAUCACACCGUUAAUCGGAAAACAUUUGAGGGAAAUCCCGACGUUCUCCACGAAUUCCUGAGGUCCAUCCGUCUCACUGUGGCAGAACUUUCGCUCGAGAACCUGAAUAUGGAUCAACUUAAGCAGUGGAAAAACCACACCUUUCCAAAUAUGAGGGAUUUGAGCUACACGGUGCAUAGAGACAAUAAGAUGGAGGAAGACUCUGACAUUGCGAUUCUGGUGAACUGUUUUCCGCUGCUGGAGGGUUUUGAGGUAUGUGCAAACGCCAGCGGUCAACAUAUUAGUCAGUGGAGAAAUCUUCGCCGACUCGAUCUUCAGCUAUGCUGGUACCUGACCACCCAGAACUUCGAGGAAAUCUGCCAGAGCCUUGGGAACCUUCAGACCCUGAAAAUCCAAUGGCUCAUACAUGAGGAAGAUGACUUUGUGCGGGCCAUCAGUUCGCUGAAGGAACUGGAGGAGCUGGAGUUGCACAUCUACGACCUAGGCACUGAAAACACCAGCAAACUAAUGCGUCUGCCCAAGCUGAGAAAGCUGCGACUGUGGAAUUACGACAAUUUGGACAAAAUCCUGUCGGACAUUGGUCGUCUGAGGGGUCAGGAUAUGGUAUCAGCCGUUUUCGAAGAUAACAUCUUCAUUUGGAAAACUCGAGUAAUGUCCAAGUUCCGAUACCUACGGUGCCUAACUCUUGUCAAUGGUGAAGAAUGUGAUGCCAUUGACUUCCGCUCUAUUACCAACUGCUUUCCUCUUUUGGAGCAACUGCACCUGAAGAGCUCAAGAAUUUUGUCAAAUGCCAACGAGAUAUGGGACGUGGUGCUUGCAUGCCCCCGACUCAGGGUCUUCAGCAUGACCAACCAGGUUCUGCACGACGAAUUCUUCGCCUUUAGCAAGUCAAUCAUGAGCCGCGCCUUGAAUCAGCGGAAGGAGGCGUUGACCAUCCAAUUCUAUAAAACUGAUAAAGAGGCGUUGAUUGCCCAGCAUUUUAGGCACCCGAAACUUAUAGUUUCCUAUAAUCCGACGAACAUCAAUACACGAUUACUUUACGCUAUUAUAGAGCUUGAAUUUGUACUACAAGAGACGUGA